UUGGUCAUUUUUAAUUUUAAUUUUUUAAAAAAAUACAAUUAUUAAAGUUUUAAAUAUUUUUAAUCUGUUAAAUCUUAGCAAUAUCACGUUACAAUAUAAAAAAUGUUUCUUAUCUUGAUAGUGAACGUGUUAAUAUUCUCAAAUUUAUGCCUUAUCGUGAGUUCGGGGACUAUUAAUCCGCAACCAAACUUUAACGCGAGAGGUGAUGCUGAAACAUUGAAAAAAGCUUUGAAAAGAAUCGGAACCGACGAUAAGACUGUUACUCGUAUUAUAGCUGGUAGGACUAACUUUGAAAGACAAAAGAUAGCUCAGGAAUAUCAAAAUGUGGCUAAAAGAAACCUUCUGGCCCAUAUAAAAAGUGAUACCAGUGGUAAAUACGAAGACAUUUUAGUGGCCCUUAUGACACCCGCUGCAGAAUUCGAUGCUCAGCUAGCGAAUAAAGCACUAAAGGGUUUUGGCAUGGGUUAUGGAUUGGAUUUGAAUCUCUUGGUAGAGAUAUUAUUAACUAGAACACCCAGGCAAAUUCAGGGAAUGAAGGCCGCUUAUCAACAACUAUACAAAAAAGAUCUAACUCAAGAUAUAACCAAAGCUGUGAGCCCUGAUGUUCGAGAUCUUUUAGUUCAACUUAGCAAAGGAACUAGGGAUGAUUCCAAUACUGUAGAUCGUAUACAAGCCAAAAAUGAUGCCGAGGCACUAUUCAAAGUUGGAGGCAGAAAUGUGGGGACUAAUUUACCGGUAUUGAAUGAAAUCGUAAGCCAAAGAAAUUACGACCAAUUGAGACAAAUAUUUGAAGAAUACAAACAGGUAUCUCAGAGGCCCAUAGAGGAUACCAUAAAAAAGGAAAUUUCAGGAAAGCCUCAAAAAACUCUACUAACUAUAAUGCAGUGCAUAAAAGAUCCUGCUGGAUAUUUUGCUGAAAGGUUGAGACACUCCCUCAAGGGUAUGGGCACCAGUGAAGAUGAAUUAAUCAGAGUUUUAACGACACGAUCUGAAGUGGAUUUAGAUAAAAUAAGAAGUGUGUAUCAUCAAAAAUACGGAAAAGACUUGGAAAAAGCUAUAAGAGGAGAUGUUCACGGAAAAUUUCAAGAUGUUUUGGUCGCCUUAACUAAGAUGAUUUUGAUAUUGUCAAUCUUGCUCUUAUUAGUCGAUUUAUCGCAGCAAGCAGGUACAAUUGAACCAACACCAAAUUUCAAUCCAAUUGCCGAUGCAAAAAUUUUGGGUCAAGCUCUGAUAGGAUUAGGAACCGAUUCAAAUAAAUUAAUUAGCGUGGUAGGUGGAAGAACCAAUGCUGAAAGACAAGAAAUUGCAAAGGAAUAUAAAAAUCUACAUAAAAGAGAUUUAGUAGCUCAUAUCAAAAGUGAUACUAAUCGUAAAUUCCAAGAUGCGUUAGUUGGGCUGAUGACUCCACCAGGUGAUUACGAUGCUCAAAUAAUAAGACAAUCUAUAAAAGGAUUUGGAACUGAUUUUGAUAUUUUGAUCGAAGUUAUGCUAACCCGCACCCCGCAGCAGAUCAAGGCAAUGAGGGAUGCUUAUAGAAGAUUGUACAAAAAGGACGUUACCAACUCGAUUAAAGGCGAUGUGAGAGGAUAUGUUGAAGAUUUAUUAGUCGCGCUUAGUAAAGGUGACAGAGAUGAAUCUACAAAUGUAGAUCCUGCACAAGCUCUCGUUGACGCUAAAAGAUUAUAUCAAGGCGGUGUUCAAAGAUCCUUCGGGACAGAUGUUAAAUCAUUUGUGGACGUUUUAACCAAGCGAAAUUAUGCCCAGUUAAGAUUGAUUUUUGAUCAAUACCAAAGAAUUUCUCGUCACAGUAUUGAAGAAGCUAUCAUUAAGGAAACAUCCGGGAAAAUCCAAAAAAGCUUAUUGGUAUUAGUCGAAGCAAUACGAAAUCCUGCAUCUUUUUUCGCAAAGAGACUACGACAUGCGAUGAAGAGUGGAUUUGGAACUAAAGACAAGGAUCUGAUUAGAAUUUUGAUUACUAGAUCAGAAAUAGAUUUAGAAGACAUUAAAAAUGAAUAUUUUAAAAUGUAUAAAAGCCCGUUGGAAAAAGAUAUAAGAAAUGAUGUAUCAGGAAAGUAUCAAGAUAUAUUAGUUGCAUUAGUCAGAGGCAAUAGGAAACCCUUAAUGUUAUAAAGUAAGAUGAAAGGCUAAAUUAUAUUUUGCUGAAAAAUAUUAUCUGAAAAUAUUUAAAUAAUUGUACAUAUUCACUUAUGA